AUGCAGGCUCACGCGGUUUCCUCUCUACCAGCGACUCUCCCCGAGCUCUUACACACGAAGUCAGGAGAGCUUGACUCCGUACUGGUAUUCCUCAGAUCGGGUACCCCCAAAGUAUGGUCGUAUGCUCAACUGUUCGAGGAAGCCUCCAUCCAUGCCCGUCGCUUAACCUCGCUCGGGUUGAGGCAGGGCGGCGGAGACGUGAUCCUCACAAGUUUUCUUCGCCACGAAGACCAUAUAUUGUUCUUCUGGGCAUGUUGCCUUGCCGGUAUUCCGGUUUGUCCGCUGCCUGCGUGGCAUCCUGACCCGUCUCGUCAGGCCGCCGUAUUCAGGCAUCUGUGUGAUGUGUUCGAAAACCCGACACUUGUAACAACAUCAGAUGCAGCGCAGACUGUUCAUGCUCUGGCACCCGACCUCAGAGUCAUAACGGCAGAGGAACUGCCUUCCCCGGACACAGAGUCCGUCACAUAUCCGACGUGGAAACCAUGUCCUGACGAUGUUGUCUGCUACAUGUUGACUUCCGGUUCCACCGGAAAGUCAAAGGCUGUCGCGCUUCGACACUCGAACUUAUUAUCUGCUGUUCGCGGCAAGAUUGCCCACCACGGGACCAGCUCGACCUCCCGCUUUCUGAACUGGAUAUCGUUCGAUCACGUUGCAUGUCUAUGCGAGGUGCACCUGCACGCUCUCGAAGUUAACGGAAGUCAAUUCCAUACAUCACCUUCUGAGAUAAUACGUAGACCCAGCGACCUCCUCCGUCUAUGCAGCGAAUUCAAGAUCACGUACACGUUCAGCCCUAACUUCCUUCUGGCUAAGAUAUGCGAAGAGAAUCAGUCAGCCCCUUAUGAUAAACUUGAUUUAUCUCCGCUGCAUUCCUUGAUCUCAGGGGGUGAAGCUGUGCCGAUCAAGACCGCUGUAGCCUUUGCUGACCUCAUGGAGAAAUGCGGAGCCCCCAGGAACGCUCUCAGAGCAGGCUUUGGUAUGACAGAGACUUGCGCCGGGAGCGUAUAUGAUACACGACCCAUUCUGCGAGAUCCUACUUCUGUCUCGAUCAAAUAUCUGUCGGUCGGGAAGUCGUGCAACGGGAUCUCCGUGCGGAUCGUCGAACCGAUAACGGGGUCCGCCUCUCCCCCCGACAAGAUCGGAUCUCUUCAAGUUCGGGGCCCUACAGUUUUUCGCCAAUACCACAAUGAUCCGAUGGCCACGGCGGAGGCCUUCACUGCUGACGGAUGGUUCGUGACUGGAGAACUCGGAUAUUUGGACCAGGACGGAAACCUCCAUCUCGUUGGAAGAACCAAGGAUGUCCUCAAUAUUAACGGCCUCAAGUAUGCCAGCGAAGAUGUUGAGCACUACGUCGAGGAAGCGGGUAUCCCAGGUGUCGUCAAGUCGUCUGUCUUCGUGUGCCCUGUUCGCAUCGGACAGGCAGAUACAGAGACUUACGCGGUCUUCUACCAACACGAUAUGGGGGCAGGGAGCGCCUACGACGAAGCAUACGGCGACGAAAUCGUUGCAUCCAACAAGGCGGUGAAGUCGCGAUGCGCAAUGUUUUGUUCGCAGGCACCCCACGUAGUGCUUGCUCUACCGCGCCAAUACUUUGUGAAAUCCGCCCUAGGGAAAGUCUCUCGGUCGGGCUUAUCCCAUUCUUAUCUUGCAGGUGAAUUCAAAGAUGCGGAGGGCCGACAAACAAGUGCCAAUCCCACACAAGGCAUAGAAUACGCUCCAUCGGACAUGAAUUCCCCAGUUGAGCAUCUGGUUGCCAAGGCUAUCUCCGAUGUAUUCGAUUGCAGCAUUACCGGCGUCAGGCGCGAGCAAAAUAUCUUUGACUUUGGCGCGUCGUCACUGCACUUGAUGCGCUUAAAACAUGUCCUGGAGGAGCGGCUGUCGGUGAGGGAUAUACCGACGAUUGAGUUGCUCAGAAGGCCCAACGUAGGGGAGCUUUGCGACUACAUAGGGACGUUCUCCGCCGAGGGCUCGAGCUCCGCUCUUGCAAGCGUCGAAUAUCAGCCACUGGUCUGUCUGAAUGCCUCCGGGUUAAAUCCACCGCUGUUUCUGGUCCACCCGGGCGUCGGAGAGAUCUUAGUGUUCAUCGGUCUCGCGCGUAUGUUUACCGGCGAUCGGCCGGUCUACGCUCUUCGCGCACGAGGCUUCGACCACGGAGAGUCCCCCUUCGGGACAUUCCAAGAGAUGGUUGAUUCGUACACAUCUGCCAUCGAGAAAUGCCUCCCCAACGGCCCGUAUUGCAUUGCUGGGUACAGCUUCGGUGGAGCGGUGGCGUUCGAGAUUGGCAAGAGGUGGCAGAAAGCGGAAAGCGCGUCUCCUGGCUCGGAGCUGAUCUGGACGGAGGUCCUUCUCAAUCUCACGAUGUUCCUUUCCUUGAUACCGUCCUUAGAACUCGACUCCGUGCGAGCAGCGCUUCUCGCGGAGUUCCCGGCCAUUGAAGGGCAUGAUAUGGAACCCUGCGAGAAGACCCGCGGAGCCGUGAUCAAGUGGAUUUUCAAGCGGGCUAACCAGAGGAGACUCUCGGAGCUGAACCUCGAGCUCAACGCAUUCGCAAGAUGGGUGAAAGUCGCGUAUGAGAUCAACCGCACAGGCCGCACUUUCGAGCCGAGAGGCUGUGUGAAGGGUGCUCUGACGACCGUUUUCUGCGCCGUGCCACUGCCAUCGAUGGGAACGCGAGAGGAAUAUAGACGGGAAAGGCUGUCUGCAUGGAAGGAAUUCAGCGGUCCGCGUUUCGAAAUGGUGGACGUCGAUGGAGAACACUAUACUAUGCUCUCCGAGGAACAUAUCGACUCAUUCGCCCAGAAGCUGAAGCAAGCUCUGCAGAGGAGUGAGAAAAGUCCCGUAGAAAUUUCGGCGCAGAUGUCUCCGUCGAAAGCUGAUUUUGACGCCGUGCCCGUAAUCGACUUUGGACUAGCCGAGAAAUCCCCAAACGAAUACUUCCAGCAGCUCAAGUACGCGCUCGAGGAAGUAGGAUUCCUCGUACUCGUGAACGUCCCCGGAUUCGAGGCCUCCUUCCAGCAGGACCUCUUCGCGCUGGCUGAAUCCCUGUUCAGAAAACCGCAGGCGUGGAAAGACUCUCUGGGGACCGAGAACUCUUUCUCUUUACGUGGUUAUUUUCGCGCUGACACUAUUGAGGGUGCCCAUAAGGCGCAUGCUGAGGCCUACCGCUUUGGUGCUGAGAUGCCAGCCCCAGGUGACGUGAAGGACACCACGGUACCGUUCUGGCUACGCCUCCACGAAGGUCCGAACCAGUGGCCGCCGGAGGAAGACGUGCCCGGCUUCCGCCGCCAGAUGGAGGUUCUCUUCGAGCGCUAUUACCAGCUCAACCUCACGCUGAACCAGCACAUCUGCGCGCUGCUGGGAGUCGACGCCGCCGUCCUCGACGCGUAUUUCCCCGCCAAGCGCGAGUUCAACAGCGCGAUAUGGCACUAUUUCCCCGUGACGCCCGAGAUCGCGCGCAGCGCUCGGGACGGGUUCGCCCAGGCGAUGCACGAGCAUCGCGACCCGUCGACGUUCGUGACGUGUCUGAUCCAGUCGCGCGCGGGCUUGCAAGUGCAGAAUCACGCUGGUGCGUGGGUGGACAUACCCAUGGUGGAGGGAGGAGUUGUUUGCAACAUUGGUAUGCAUCUCAUGACACUCACCGGCGGCCGGCUGGUAGCCACCACGCACCGCGUUAACACCCUAAAGAUUGAUGAAGACAGAUACACCAUUCCGUACGUCCUCUCGACGAGGCUCGACAAACGCAUCGAGCCGCUGCCCCAAUUUGCGGCGAAGGCGCACGUCCCGCCGAAUCCGAAGAUCCUCAAGCUGAUGGCGGUCGAGGACCCGCUCGUGCGGAGCGGAUAUGCGCGGCUCUCGCUGUUCCCCGCAGCCACGAAGCGGCUGUACCCGAAGGAGUUCGAGGAGGCGAGGGCAUUGGGGGUUCUUUAG